CGAAACACCAUUUUCAGUGACUGCAACGACACAGCCAUCAAAGGAAGAGAAGAAAAAGGCCUGUCUAUAAAGCAUUCCAACCACCAAAACCCUACUCCAAGCAAAACCCAUUUCUUCACUGCUCUGGCUCUCCCCACCAUGGAUGUUCUCAGCUUUCUCAAGCUCUGGAAAGGCGGUGGGUCAGCACCCACUGCCACCACCGGCGACGCCGUCAGGACCACCAGCUUGCGCCAUGUGAUGGUGGAGACUGACGACGAAGAUUCCUUCUUCGAUUUGGAGCUCGCUGUGCCUCAGAACAAAGAAGAGAACAGCAACAAGAGCGGAGAGGGAGGUUCAGCCCAUGAGCUGUUUUUCAAGAGAAGAAUUCUCCCGAUUGAGUCCAGCUCGAAGCCUCAGUCUCCGAUCUCGCUGUUGAGGUCCGCGCCCAGGUUCAGGGUCUUCAUGUUCGGGCUCAGGAGGUCGAAGUCGGAGAAGACGGAGAAGGCUGAGAAAAUGGAAGCGAGCGGCGUUUCGGAACAACCUCCGCGGAAUAGUAAGCUUUUUACCGUCAAAUUCAAGGUGGAGGAAGUUCCGGUGGUUUCGGUGUUUACCCGAGAGAACAGUUCGAGGAGCUUUGGCAAGCAUGGCACGGAGGAAACGACGUCGUUUGAGUCGAAGAGGUUUUCGAAGGAUGUGGUGCACAAAUAUCUGAAGCUCAUCAAGCCUCUGUACAUCAAGGUUUCCAAGAAAUACGGCGAAAAAACGACGUCGUCCCCAUCGCCGUCGUCUUCUCCGAUUCCGGGGCCAAUAUUCUCCCCCAAAAAGCCGGUGAAGACACAGUCCAGGAGAGAGGACGGAGAAGAGAGGCCGGGGAGUCUUCCGGCAGGGCUUCGCGUGGUGUGUAAGCAUCUAGGGAAGAGCCGGUCGGCGUCGGCGGCUGUUCAGAUGAUGCCACCGGUGAGCUUUCAGGCAAGUAGGAGAGAUGAUUCGCUGGCGCAGCAGCAUGAUGGGAUUCAAAGCGCCAUUAUGCAUUGCAAGAGAUCGCUCAACUCUUCAACCGAUUCUUCGCAUUUAUCACGAUGGACCAGCGAUUCUUCUCACGAGCAAUCCCUGGACUCAUCAAGAAGAUCAGUCGAGAAAAUUUGAAGCUCUGUGAAAUGGCGGGAAAACGUUACUCUAGUGUCUGCAACCCCUGUUUGGAUGCUAAGAAACUGCAGGAAAAACGAAAAACAUAGAAUUUUGACUGGGUCUUGCUUGGGACAUGAGAAAACAAAAAACCCGCAUGGGCGUAUGCAACUAUUAGGCUGAGCCGAACUGGGUUUUCUAUUUUCUGUACCCAACACUCUGUUUUAUUAUUUUCUUCCAUUUUCUCAGCGGCCAAACGGAGGAAAAGGGAUUUUUUUUUUUUUUUUGGUGUUUUCAGUAGAAAAUAAUUUGAAAAGAUAGGAUUGUGAAGUGAAUCUUUAGAGUUUAGGGGAUGGUGAGCACUGAGCAGUGAGUCAUCAUGAAAAUAUUGAAGAAAUGAGUAAAAGAUCUCUGUGUAAAUCUUUGCAUGGUGCAGUCAAAGCAUUAUGAUACUAUUGAAAUUUAUUUUUCUCCCUUCUUUCA